AUAGUCAAACACACAAGUGUCGUCGUGAAGGAUUCUUGGACAUUCACAUUAUUUAGCUUCAUCAUGACUGAACACCUGCUGUUAGUCAUCCUCAUGUCUCUAAAACCUGAGGUGAGUCUUCAGCAUUUUCCUGGUGAAUACGUUUUCAUGACCUGCACUCUGCCUGGAUCUGCUCAUGAAGAUACGAGAUGUAACCUUUACUUUGGAGAAGAAAGGGAUCCAUUUCAAACAACAACCAUCUUGAAGCAAAGGACCUCAAAGAAUCAGAGGUUCUGCCAGUUUACUGUCACAAUUUCUGAUUUGCUUACCCGUCUCCAUUUUCCUCAAAGAAGCGUCACCAGCUGUGAUUACAGUUUGGGAAGUGAACCAAACUCUUUGUCUCCUCGUAGUGAUGGAUACCGCUUGACUGAUAUUGUGGAAAGAGAAUCAAGCGCUCCCUUCACAAAACCAGUAUUUCCUAUGACCACAGAUUUGAUUGUUGGCAGACCCGGUGCUUCUGCAACUCCUGUGAAACUGGAAUCAGAUAUUGUGGACAAAGAGACACACUCCACACAGACUAUGGCGACAUCUACUAUGACCACAGGUAGGACUGUUAGCAGGCUCCAUGCCUCCACACCUAUAACUCGGACCAAACGAACGUUAGGUCAGAAUGUUGGAUCCAGCAACACUGGUAGUUUCAUCUCUACUUCUAUCACACCAGUGAAACCAACAUCAGUUGGUCAGACACCUCAUAAAUCUAGCACUAAAGCUAGCUUGCUCCAUGUAACCCCAAUUGAUCCACCAACAGCAGAAACAUGGACAUGGAACUUGGUAGUAGUUGCAGCGUGUCUUGGAGGUGUCAUCUUACUGGGCCUAGCACUUCUCUUUACCAAAAGAAGAACUGAAAGAUGUUCUAGCAAAAGACCAAAAGUAAACGUCACUGCUUUGCAGGGUGGUUAUGAUGAAACCUACAGUAUCGUCACCUAUGAAUGCAACACUGAGUGACAACAGCAGCACCUCCGAGAAGCUACAUCAGCCCUGAGAGAGACCGUGUACAGCCCUCUAAAGUCAAUUUGAAAUUCAAACGUUGUUUUUCUUGCAUCUUUUUCUUUCUUAUGUACAAGUUAAUUGAUCUUAACAGUAUUUACAUCAUUACCCACAAGAGCAGACGUUAGAAUGGUGAUAUGGCUCAGUUGAACUUUAUUGAAUUGAUAGUUUGGUCAGAACAUAACAUGUAUCAAUGCUUUGAAUAAUAAAAUCCAUGUACACA